AUGUUCACAAACUUCAAGCAUACAGCGUACUUCCUGGCAAUAAACAUUCUCAUUGUUAUUUACUACAAGACAUACAAGUCUCAGGAGCCAUUGAAUUUUGCCUACAUUCAACGUUACGGAGACAGGUUGGCAAUGUCAUCAAACGCAUCAGCGAGUCAAUGGCUCCGAAAUCGCUUCACCUCGCUAUACGAGGCCGCACCACCCCCAGAAGAAGCAGAUUUUAAAGCCCUUUUUGUUUCCAUUUUCUCGGAAGAUGCUCAAGUUUGGUUCAAUCACGAACAGAUAUCGGUGGAUGCAUUUCAGGAGAAAAUCACAUCAGCCAACUAUGCGGCCAAGGAGGCAUCGAUUGAUUGGAAGGACUUAAUAGAAAUACCGGGAAACGAUGCGGAGCAUGAAGGCAUAGUCGCAGGCAGUUUUGUUGUGACGAGGUCAAUGAAAUUUAGGAUUAGAGCGGCACCCGCUCAACGAUUGAAUCAUAACAUCUUCAGUGCUAAAAUUAACAUCGACCCAACUGCCCAACCCGAUAUCACCGGCAGCAAACGCAGGAUCUCCGAAUUCUUCUUAACAUCUUUCGACAAGGCAGCUCCGAUACACCUUCAAAGUAUUCCUCAGAAAGAACCUGCAACCGUUGAUCCAAGCAUGCUUGAAAAGAGCUAG